AAGGGAUGAGACCAAUCAGAAAGCGAUCCUAGGCUACUUGGGCGAGAUGAACAAGAGGCUCCCUGGGAAGAGGACUGGUUUCUGGGAGCCAGUCAGAGGCCAAGGCUAGAAAGAGGCGGAACUUGUCCCGUGUAGCCCACGUCGCCCCCUCCGCCGUCAACGCCGCUUCUGUCUUUGCCGGGCUGAUAAGAUGACUGUGGGGAGCCCCGCGGGAACCUCUGGCGGCGACCAGCAGAGCCAGCAGAUAUUUCCCCCCAAAUCUUCCUCAGACACAGAGGCAGAAGAAGUGCUCUCUGGGGAUGGGCUGGUUUUGCCCAGGGCUGGGAAACUCAAUGAGUUCCUCAGCCUAGAGGAGGAGACAGAUUCCACUCCUGACUCAACUGGGAGCUUUUAUGAGACCCUGCAGGUACUAAAGCAGAAAGGCAAGUGGUGCCUGUUGGAAUCCAUCUUUCAGUCUGACCCAGACAGUGAUGAGAACCUCUCUGAAGAUGAUGAGGACCUGGAGAGUUUCUUCCAAGACAAAGGCAAGGGGAAGCUGCAGGUCCAAUACCCGCCGUCUCUGAGGUGUGACUCCACAAGGCGCUGCAGUUCCCUGAGCAGCCUUUCCUCUGACAGUCCUAAGGUUCAGCCCCAGCCACCCUCAGGCUCCAGGACUCCCUCCCAGCACAGAAGCGGCAGCUCCUGGGCAUCGUCCAUCACUGUGCCUCAGCCAUUCAGCAUGACGCUGCGUGAGGCCCGGAAGAAGGCCCAGUGGCUGGCUUCCCCUGCUGCCUUUGAGCAUGAGAAGCAGCAGGCCCAGAGACAGGGUCAGGAGGAAGCCGAGUGCCACAGGCAGUUCCGGGCACAACCUGUACCUGCACAUGUCUACCUGCCCCUCUACCAGGAGAUUAUGGAGCGCAACGAGGCCCGCAGGCAGGCAGGGAUCCAGAAGAGGAAGGAACUGCUCCUCUCUUCCUUGAAGCCCUUCAGCUUUCUGGUGAAGGAGGAACAGCGAAAGGAAGCUGCUCAACAGAGAGAGUUGGGUGCCACAGCUAAAGUCAAGGUCCCCAAGAAGGCUACCAGAAAGAUCCCCAGGUCCAUUCUGGAGCCAGCCCUCGGGGAAAAACUCCAAGAAGCUGAGCUCUUCAGGAAAAUUCGCAUCCAGAUGAGAGCCUUGAACAUGCUCCAGAUGGCCUCCUCCCCCAUCGCCUCCUCCAGUAGCCGGGCUGACCCACAGCCUCGCACAGCCACCCGAACCUGGGAACAGAAGCUUGGGUUUCUGCAGACUGACUUUAGAUUCCAGCCUCAUGUGAAUCCUGCCAUCCCCGACUAUGAGGGUCUUUACAAGGCCUUCCAGAGAAAAGCUGCCAAGAGAAGGGACACCAGAGAGGUGACUCACAACAAGCCCUUCGUGCUGAGAACCGCCACCCUGCAUCGCUCUCAGCAGCCCUGUGAUGCCGCCACCUCAGGAUGGAGGAGGGACUCUCCACAGCCCCCUGCCACAACCCUGCUGAGGAGUCGUUCUCUGAGUGGACUUGCUUCCCUCUCUGCCAACACCCUCCCCGUGCACAUCACAGAUGCCACCAGGAAGAGGGAAACUGCAGUCAGAAAUUCACUUGAAAAAAAGGACAAAGCAGAUGACAGUACUCAGUGGUUGGAAAUGCACAAAAAGAAGUGUCAAGCACUGUCUCAGUCUGUGACUUUGCGUGCAAAAGCCAUGGAUCCCCAUAAAAGCCUGGAGGAGGUGUUCAGAGCAAAGUUGAAAGAAAAUCGGAACAAUGACCGUAAAAGAGCCAAAGAAUAUAAGAAAGAAUUAGAGGAAAUGAAGAAGAGACUGCAAACAAGGCCUUACCUCUUCGAACAGGUUACCAAGGACAUUGCCAGGAAAGAAGCAGAACAACGGUAUCGAGACACUCUGAAGCAGGCUGGGGUGGAUGAAGACUUUGUGAGGAACAAGGGUCAGGGCACCCAGGCUGUACAGUGGAAGGAGCAGUCGGAAGUCCAUGACUGUCCCAGCACUCAUGAAACUACAAAGCCCGGCAUCAGAAAUCUGCAGGAUUUAGAAGAAUCUUUAGAACAGCCUACAAGUCCCAAGGAAGAACUGGAGGCACUACCUUAUGAAGUGCUAGAUAAUCUCAAAUCACUUGCUUAAUCAGUACACUUAAAAGCACUGCUUUUUAAUAAUAAUAAGCAGCUAACUUGGGGUUGACUCAAGGCAGGCAAAACAGGUUUUGAGUCAUGGCUACUCUUGGAGAAAUGAAAAGAGCAGGUAACAGGGAAUAGUUCAGGGAACAAAGUGGAGAAGGACAGGGUGGAAGGAUCAGAGCUGAGUUAAGGGUUCUUGCUUUGUGCCUCACACUUAGCUACAAAAAAAAAAAAAAAGCAGAAGCCCAAAUGCCUACAGGGG